CGGGCAGCUUAUUAUACAAACAUGAAUUUCAAACAGGACGAAGUGAUGUAAAACACGGUCGGUGUUUAUACAAACAAAACCACAGCAUCCGCGUCGACCCGACCGCACUAAUCACGACUCCAACGGGGAGGUUGCAAAACAGCAAUGAAACUGUUCGUCGAAUUGACGUUAUUGACGAUAAUGUCGAUGCAGUCCAGAGCCAUCAUCUUACGGAACAAUGGCUUGAUCCACAAAAUGGUCUCACAGUUUCAAGAUAAAGAGAAUCUUUCUUCGCACGACGAAGCGCGCGACAACGUGGUCGCGCUCAUGCAGAAUGUCUUGUGCAAGAACUUCCCGACGAUUCCGUGUGACAUCAUUACUAAGGACGAAACAUUAAAACAUUUGAUACAGAAGUCUAUACAGCAAAUUAAGUACAAAAAAAGAUCUAUGGACAAAACUAUAGGGACAGAUAUAAAUAAUUUAUCGCAGCUCCCGGUUAUUAACACUGACGAUGACGCGAACAUGCCCACAGAAGACGGCGACCGCCCCAAGCAUCACACUAGCGACUGGACGCCGGUUAAAGCGAAGAGGAAAAAGAAAAAAGGCAAAAAAGUAUCUUUAAAUGGACGUAAAAAAAUACGUAAAUUUUAUCCACACAAAGUCAAACAGAAGGACGCGUUCAAUGGAAGAAACGAAUACGGACAUUCUGAAGAGAAAUUGUCUAUGUCUGUAGAAAUUCCUGACGGGAAUAACGUCCGGAAGACUGGGUACCACUCCCGGGAUCAGCCAAUAUGGCGAAUAGACUAUUCGAAACACGGCGAGCCCAGCGUCAACGUAUUUGACGAUAGAUUGAGAGGGAAGAUCAUUCAUGCAGGAAUGGUCGAGGAUAAUGUUCUGGAACAAGGACCGAGACGAGAUGUCUUGCAUCCCGAUGUGUAUAUCAAGAAGAACUUUGUUAGACAGAAAGUCGAUGUAAAUUCUGAUAAUAUAGAAUGAUAAAAUUUUUGAAGCGAG